AUGAACGGCGGCGAGCCGACCGAGGGCCAGAAGCCGCCGCUCGCCCCGGCCACCGGUGUCGACGGCGGCGACGGCCUCGCCGCGAGGAAGCGUAAGAAGGACGGCCUCAAGCCCAUCGUCACCACCGACGCCGACGACGAAGACCCGACGGCACGAGCGGGCCGGCCUGCCCCGUCUGAGCCGUGGGCCGAGCUGGCCUUGAUGGUUCGCCUCGUCUCGAAAGCCGAAGCCCGAAAGCUCAAGCCCAGAAGCCCAAGCCCGAAAGCUCAAGCCCAGAAGCCCAAGUCCAAGCCCGUGGAGCCGACGGUGUGGAAAGAGGACAAGUCGUCUUCCCUCUGGCCACGAUGCCUGCGUCGACGACGUCGGGCCGCCUGCCAUUGGUGGCCGUCGUGUGCCAAGGCCAGGCACCUCGUGCCCGAGGUCGAGGCUGAUCCGAGGCCUGUCGGACCGUGCCCUGUGCUGCUGGCGAGGCUGACGACGCUGGGGCGCUGA